AUGACUGCUAGGGGCUCUGCUGUCCCUCCUGAUAUCGAUGAAGAUCUCAAGCGGUUGAUCACAAGCUACACAAACCUCAUCUCAUCCGAGGAGGCGCUGGAUGACAUUCGUUCGCAGGUAUCGUUCGCCACAAAAGAAUGCCUUCUUGCCUUCAUUAAGAUCGCAGAGAACACUGGGAAGAACUAUAAGGAUGCACAGUCAUGCCGUAUUGUCGAACUGGUCAGUCUAGCAAUUUCCAAAAGUAAGCCCUUGCUGGAUGCAGAAAUCCAGACAGCCCUAGCAGAGUUUAGUAUAUCUCGGUGCUCGUCACUCUUAGAAGCAGGAGCUGUGGCAGAGCAUCUUCUUCCUCUAGCUCGUGAGGCUUUUUUGAGCGACCAGUCUUUUGCUGAAGUAUCUCUUAUGCGGAGAUACAUGAACAAACUUCUCAAGCUUAGUCCACGCAUCACGUACUCAAAAGUUUUGGCUAAGAAGAACAUAUGCACCCUGCUCCUUGAUUGGCUGGAAACGAGAGGAGAGCUAUCAUCUUCCAGAUCGAGUGGCACGUCUAAAACGGUAGUAGAUCUUGUCGAUGGCUAUAAGGCAGGCACUGAAUUACUGAAAACGCUGACCUUAGCUUUUCGUGGAGAACGAAGCGGGGCGAUAAUCUUCCUAGUAGCAAAGCUUGUUGCCAUUCUGCGAACACUCAUUGAGUACUUGCACUUCGCUAUUUUACUCAUCAACGAGUGUCUCUGCCCCACUCUGAACGAGGUAUGCGGGCUAUCACUCCACCACUACAGUUUCUCUAUCAGUGAAGAGACCUUGUCUCAGCUUCACGAUGAUGCAGAUGAAAAUGUCUUUGAGUUUCUCAUUGAGUACAUUCCACUAGAGUAUUCGCCAGAUCCAGAUGACAAUUUAACAGCCGAUGAACUACGUGCGGCCCUACUUUCAGCACUAAUUCAUCCCAGUGGCUCUGAGCGCUUGUAUCAGAUGAUCGCAGAGCGUGUUCUGGAGACAGACACUGAAGAGGAGCGUAGACAGCUCUUUUUGACACUUGAAGCUUCUCUUACUGCCGACGCUAGAGUACACUCCAGCAUCAGUGCCGUACCUGCGGUUCUUACCGCCAUUCUCAACUCUGCUAACAAGGAUGCCAAACCAUCAGUGUCAUUAAGUGCAGUUUUCCUUAGCCUCUCUAACUUCUUUGAAAAGCUCUUUCGAGAAACACUUCCCGAAGCACUUGGGCACAACCUGCCAUCUCUCCAAGCUAUGUUUACGCUACUUGCAGAAAAGACGUAUAAUGUCAUUCAUUCACGAAUGCGCUUACCUGAGUUCUCCAACAUGCACCUUAGUGCUGAACAACUCAAUAAGCUGCAGGAGAGCGCCACGUUCAGCCAAUUGCUCACUGACUUAUUUACCAACAAGCUUGCCGUCAGCCUGACUCCUGCUGGAUACGCAGAUGACCUCUUCUAUCAAAUUACAAAUGAGCUCAUUUAUGAUCAGUUUCCUUCGGCAGACCGUCCCGCCAAGGAGUCUCUUCUGCUAAUGCUCUCUCACUACGACACAGAAGUUGCAAGCACGUUUUCUGCGCACCUGGAAGAUACAAUAAAGCGGGAGAUCUCUAUGGGGUCUACCGAGAACAUGAAGAUCUUUUCUAGCAACUGCAAGCUCUUAUGCACAUACUGUAGGCUUGACCAGGGGAAGGAAGCCUUUUCAACGACAUUUUUCAACUUGUUAGUAGAACACCUUGCCGCUGGCGAUGUAAUUGAGGGGUCUCUCUUUAUUGAAAUUCUCAACGAAUGCAUGGUACUCGCAGAGGGACACGCUCUGCAAACAUGUAAGUUUAUGAUGCUCUUUAGCGAAGCAACCAAGAAGCACUGGGUCAGAUUUGGACUGAGAACACACGUCCUUGCCAUAUCGUUCAGCAACUGUCACCUAAUCAGCGAUCCUCUCCUAUCCUCUCAGCUUCUAGAAACCAUACAAAUGUACAUAGAUACUGUAUCGUCUCUAGCACCGGAGGCCCUUGAUGAUCUGCUUUGCAUACUGCGAUACUAUUACGCUCUUAGCUCUGUGGGGCUGGACCUUCCUGUUACCCAUCCUAGUUGGGAGCACAUAAUAUCAUUUUGCCAAUCACAUGUGCCAGAGGAAGUCAUGGCUGGUUUGAAGGCGUCUCUAUUAUUUGGUCUAGUUAAUUAUACGGCUGGAACACCAGAUACAGUCAGGCAUCGUCUUUGCUCGAUAAUGGCCAGUGUUGAUCUACACAUUCUAAGGACGAUACAAUUGAAUGAGGGUUUGCCUCUUCCUUUUGCCUUAUCAACUCUUAACGGACAGAAUAUUAGAGCAAGCAUCAUCAAAGAUUUUGAAGGCCUGCUCAUCACAUCCAUACUGACACAAAAUAAGCCAGUUUUAGAUUUAGUUGAGGAUCUGUUAAAUAAUGAAUACUUCCAGACACUUGUUAGAGAAGUCAUCGAUGGAGCGUCAGCUGGGGGAGCAGUGGCUAGUCUAGCGGAGGGAAUCAAUAGACUUGAGAAGUCCGUAGAUAGUUAUUUACAAGCACAAGUAAUAGCGUACUGCCUCCACUUAUCAAUACGUCUGCAUUUAUACGCCUUUGAUUCUCACCCAGAGGCCUGCGCACUUAUAGAAAAGGGCUUAAAGUAUAAACUUCCAGAUGCCUUAUUUAUUGCACAAUAUCUAUCUCACCACAAUCGUACUGAGUACAUCAAGAUUUGUGCACAGUUAGCUACCACUGACUUCGAUGCACAGUACUGUACGCUUAUUGCAAUGAACUCUCUCAAAUGGUGCUCGCCAGAGGAAAUGCCUAUAUUUAUAAAUGCCGUGAAUAGACUACUCGGGACAAUAACCUCUCUGGGAGCACAUGGGCCUUGUAUCGUCUCCGCACUAACGCACUUUGUGCUACAAGCCUCGCAGGACAUAGGCUUACUUCACUCCUUUCUGUCCUCGGUCUUGAAAGCUUUAAAGUGUAUAGAUAGAUCCGCCUUUUACGCUGCUAUACUGAUGCUCCAAGAGACGAACACCACGUACGCCUAUCAAACUAUAUCUGAAGCUAUCUCUUUAAAUGAGCUCCUCGAGGAUCUGCCUACUAGCACUCUUUGCGGAGCAAUCCUAGAGCAACGGGUCACAUCCCGCCAGCUAGAUCAAGAGGGCAUCCUAGUGCUUCUAGAGAAAUCCAUGAGGCUACUCAAGGAGGCAAACACAAAAAUAGUCCACUGCUGCGCAUUGAUUGUAGCAGCAAUUGGCCGGCUUCGAUACGGUGUUGGUGCAGAUCCUGUGGCCUAUUCGUUUUUAGAAUCCAAGCGCUUCGAGGUUGCAAAUCAUUUAGGUUCGUUACUCAAUGCCCCACUAAGGUCGACACGCGACGCCAUUCGGGUUGCUAGGCUCAUUUGGAUGCAAACUACCACGUAA